AACAUUUUCUGUGUAUUUUAAUUAUUGUCAUGUCAUAAAUUCGUUUCAGUUAUGUAUCAUUCUUAAAUAUUUUCACAAUUUUCAUUCGUUUAUACAUUACACAACUUAGUGAACUGGAGUGAUAUCAGAACGAUACGAUAGACCUGAUGCUGACCCAGUACGUGAGCCUGGCAGGAUCACAACACACUGCUAGUUAACACAACUAGCUUGUUAGCUGUGCGGCUAGGUAAUGUUAGACAGCAAACGUAGCCUCUUUUUGCCUGACAGAGGAGGACAUUUUUGCAUCUUCCUUAGAUGCAUGAAUAGUAUACAACCUUUUCAGCUACCGAAACGUGAAGAUCAUGUUUUGAGGAGAUUAUAGCUACGCCCAGACACUUGCAUCUCUAUUCCCACAUGGGCACCAGUGCGACAUCAUUUGAUUCUGUAUGCAAAUGGAAAACCACAAAUCAGACGUUGCUGUGAUGGAGACAUCAAAUGGAGAAAACCAUCAGCAUGACCUAACACCACUGUCUAGAACGGUUGGUGCUGAUCCUGUGGAAAAUGACACUUGUUUACUGAAGAAAGAAGGGCUUGAGAAGCCAACUGCACUGGAAGAUGUUGUUAAUGGUUCUGUCAAGGUAGAUGAGGUGCCAGGGGGAAAACAAGAGAUACAGAGCCUGGGGCCAAGCGCUGGAGGCAGCGGCCGACCAAAUGGCCCUCUGCCUCCUCUGUUGCCCCCUGCUCCCCAGGGCACCAGCCCCACCGUCAGCCCCCAGUCUGAAGAGCCCCUCCAAGGUGUGGCCGCUUUCCCACCACCCAUGCUAGAGAAGUCUGAGGGAGCUAGUGCUGAGAGCCCUGUUCACAAGGGCGACGCAUUGCAGUCGCUCAGACUGAGUAUGCCUAUGCAGGAGACUGAAUUGUCUGUCAAAGAGCCAUUGCUGGAGAUGGAGAAUGAGGAGAAGAUCCGGCAUGAUGCUCGCAGACGCCUGGAGGAACAGCUCAAACAGUACCGAGUGCAGAGGCACAAGGAGUCGUCUCGUCGCACUACACCAAAAAGCCGCACUGGGUUCAGCACUCUGGACCCAGACCUCAUGAUGCACCCCGAGGCUCUACCCCGGGCCAACACCACCUCCAUGACCACAGAGUAUUCCUUCUUGAGGACCAGCGUUCCCCGAGGCCCAAAGCUGGGAAGCCUGGGCAUCCCGCUGGCCAAGGAGAAGAAGUCACGGUCUGCCCGCCCCAGCAAGAUCCACUCACUGGCUGACUACAAGACCCCUGAGCCAGCAGGGGGCACUACUGGUGAUGGAGGUGGGGUCAGGGCAUCUGCAGACUCCUCCGUGGGCUCCCUGGGGUCCAACCUGAGCUCUGUGUCCACCCUGUCAGAGGUCAGCGUGAUGUCAUCAGAGAUCAACCCCUCGGAGAUGACCUCAUGGGAGGCCCCGCCGGGGUCAUCGGUAUCGUUCCAGGACAACGUCUCGGAGGUUGACGCCGGCAGUGAAUCAGGGAUGGGGUCAAGACCCGGUGGGGAUGGGAACGACAGUGACAGCUCUACCUACAGCAGCGUGUCCACCUCCACUAGGGGUGCCAGGACCCAUGGCCUGCUGGCCGCAGCAGUGAGUAGGCAGAGAGGAGACAACUACACUGUGGAGGGCAGAGAGAUUGCCCCAGAGGCCAUGGGCAACUUCCCGUCACUGCAGGAGGUGCUGCAGGCAGCCAGUGAUGAACAGCGACUGCUGGAGCUAGAGCUGGACAGGGAGGGGACGGGAGAACCACGCAGUCGCAGGGACAGCUUCUCCAGCAGUGUGUCGUUAGAGAGCUCCGUGAUGGGCCAUGAUGAAAUGCUUCAGGUGCUUAAAGAGAAAAUGAGAUUGGAGGGUCAACUAGAGUCUCUGUCUUCUGAGGCCAACCAGGCUUUGAAAGAGAAGACUGAGCUCCAGGCCCAGCUGGCUACUGUCAACGCCCAGCUGCAGGCCCAGUUGGAGCAGGCCCAGGCCAGCCAGGAGAAGCAGAACUCCCUCAACAAGGAGGUCUCCACCCUGCGCCAGAGCUGCACCCAGUUAGAGAGGGCCAUGGUAGAGCUGCAGGGCAACUUGGAGAGCAAGAACGCCGGCCUAGCCUCUCUGGGCAAUGACCUGCAAGUGGCAGAGGAGCAGUAUGUGAGACUCAUGGGGAAAGUGGAGGAGAUGCAACAGAACAUGGCCUCCAGGGAAAACACUGUCCAGGAGUUGCGUCAGCAGAUGGGUGGUCUCCAGAGUCAACUUAAGCAGGUCCAACAGGAGCGCAGCACCCUGCAGAGCCGACUGAACACCUCCCAGGCCGAGAUUGACUCGCUGCAGAAGGUCCGCCAGUGGUACCAGCAGCAGCUUGUGGUGGCCCAGGAGGCUCGGGUCCGGCUCCAGGGUGAAAUGGCCAACAUGCAGGCUGGGCAGAUGAACCAGAUUGGGGUCCUGGAGCACCUGAAGCUGGAGAAUGUCACUCUGUCCCACCAGCUGUCAGAGACCCAGCAUCGAUCCAUCAAAGAGAAGGAGCGCAUUGCUGUACAGCUGCAGAGCAUCGAGGCUGACAUGAUGACUCAGGAGGCUGCCUACCAGCAGAUCCAGGAGGCCAAAAGCAUGGUGGAGGACGACCUCCAACACAAACUGGACCAGUUUGAGGAGGAGCGAGAACACUUACAGAAACUGGCCAACACAGCCAGCUCCCUGGAGAGGGAGUUAGAGCAGAUGAAGUUGACCCUGUCCCAGAAGGACCUGCAGCUCGAGGCCCUUCAGAAAGAGCACCUGGAUCUAAUGAGACAGUUGACAGCCACUCAGGAAAGCCUCCACACCAAAGAGCAGUCAAUCAACCAGCUGGAGGCCCGCUACCUGGAGCUAGAGGCCACGCUUACAGAGCUCCAGACGGAGACCAAUGCCAAGGACGAGUCCAUCCAGUACCUGCAGAAUGAAAAGAUUGUGCUGGAGGUGGCGCUUCAGGCGGCCAGGGCUGAUAAAAGUCAGCUGGACGAAGGGGCGGAGAGGCUGGGGGAGGAGGUGCUGGUGGCCUCGGACAUCCUGGAUCAGCUCAGACAGGAGGUUCAGGUCAAAGCCUCCCAGAUUGAAUCUUUGCAGCAGGAUAAUGGGUCCCUGAAGAAACAAACGCAGAAGUUAAAAGAGCAGUUUAUGCAGCAGAAGGUGAUGGUGGAGGCCUAUAGGCGGGACGCCAGCUCCAAGGAGCAGCUCAUCAGCGAGCUGAAGUCGACCAAGAAGCGCCUGGUGUCGGAGGUGAAGGGGCUGAAGCAGGAGCUGGUGGAUGCCCAGGGGGAGAAGCUGAAGAUUGAGCUGGAGCAAAGCCGUCUGCAGAAGGAGGUGGUCCGGGUCACACAGCAGAUGAACAGCCUGGAGAACCACCUGCAGUCUGUGCAGACCGAGAGGGAUCAGCUAGAGACCCAGAUACAGUCCUUGCAGUUUGACCAGUGCCAGUUAGCAGCCGUGACAGAGGAGAAUGAGGGCCUGAAGAAACAGGUGGAGCAGAUGCAGUCAGAAGCCAAGAAGGCCAUCUCGGAACAGAAGGUGAGAAUGAAGCGUCUGGGGACCGAUUUGACCAGCGCACAGAAGGAGAUGAAGGCCAAGCACAAGGCCUAUGAGAAUGCAGUGGGCAUCCUGAGUCGCAGACUCCAAGAGGCCCUGGCUGACAAGGAGACCACAGAGGCCGAGCUGGUCAAACUCAAAGCCCAGGUCACAGAUGGAGGCAACAACCAGGCCCUGCAGGAUAAGAUCGAGGCUCUGCAGGCUGAGCUCCAGGCCGUCACCCACAGCAAGGCCAUGCUAGAGAAGGAGCUUCAGGAAGUCAUCUCCCUCACCAGUACUGAGCUGGAGGAGUACCAGGAAAAAGUAAUGGAGCUUGAGGAUGAGCUGCAGGAGGCGCGUUGCUUUAAGAGGCGGAUUAGGAGGCUGGAAGAUGCCAAUAAGAAGCUAUCCCUAGAGCUGGAGCAUGAGAGAGGGAAAUUGACAGGACUUGGGCAGUCCCACAAUGCACUGCGGGAGCACUCUAAUAUUUUGGAGACUGCCCUAGCCAAAAGAGAGGCAGACCUGGUCCAGCUCAACCUGCAGGUGCAAGCAGUACUGAAACGCAAGGAGGAGGAAGAUCAGCAAAUGAAACAGCUAGUCCAGACUCUACAGGACGCCUUGGAGAAGGAAAAAGCCAAAGUCAAGGACCUGAAAGAACAGGUGGCAGCAGCCAAAGCAGAGGCUGCUCAUAACAGGAGGCACUACCGGGCAGCCAUGCUGGAGCUGUGUGAGAUCAAGAAGGACCUGCAGGCCAAGGAGGAGCUGGUCAAAGCUUUACACAGCGAAGCACACAAACUGCAGGCUCAGGAUGAGAAACACUCUCAGGAGGUGUCCAGGUUCCAGGAGGAGCUGUCUGAGGCCCACUCCCAGCUCCAGAUUCUCCAGAAACAGCUGAACGAGCAGCUCAGCAAGCAGCCCCUCACCAACCAGGAGGUGGAAGAUCUGAAGUGGGAGGUGGAACAGAGACAGAGAGAGAUUGAGGCCCAGAGACAGCAGCUUGAGAUUGUGGAGCAGUGUAGCCACAGGGAGCUGGACAGCCUGCAGUCAGCUCUACAGGGCAUUAAGGUGGAGCUGGAGUCUGUACAGGAAGAGCUGAGCAGCACCAGGAAGGAUAAGUUCAUGCUGCAGGCCAAGGUAGGGGAGCUGAGGAACAGCAUGAAGACUGUCCUGCUCCAGAACCAGCAGCUCAAACUGGACCUCAAACAGAACCGCCUCCGCAAGCAGAGAAUGGAACCAUCUAACACGUCAACCCCAGUGAAGAUCCCAGCCUGCCCCGGUCCUGCCUCCUUGACCCCAGUGAAGAUUCCAGCCUGCCCCGUGCCUGCCUCCCUGCUGGAUGAGCUGCUCAAGCCCUCCACCUCGGUCAACAAGGAGCCGCUCAAUAACCUGCACAACUGUUUGCGUCAGCUCAAGCAAGAGAUGGACAGCCUUCAGAGGCAGAUGGAGGAGCACACGGUCACUGUACAUGAGUCCAUGACGUCAUGGACUAAUGCAGAGGAGGAACUAGCUCAACUAGGUGUGCUUCAGGACAAUGACUCCACAGCAUCCACGCCUCUUAACCAAGUGGACAGUAAUGGAGGGCUGAAGGUGGAGGCACAGCCAUUAUGAUGCAGCACCAUCUCAGGCAGGCAGACAGACAAAGUGGAGUUUUAUCCACAAGGGCACUUUUAGUUUUUUUACUUCCCUACCUAACCUAUUUUUUCUUUUCCAUUUCUUAUCAAUUGCUGCCAACAUUUGGCAUUAUUAUCUCAUCAGCGCAGACACUGCUUGGGUUAAGUAAUGAAUGCGUAUAUCAUAGCUUUACUCUUUAUUUGGACUGUCUGUAUCUUUCUUAUGGCUGUAACUUCUCAUAUUUAUUUUACUUACAAUUCAGGAAUUGCAAUAUUGAAUCCUAAAUGAGAAAUCCUGUUUUUGUCAUAGGCCCCAUAUGUUUAUUAGCUAGUCUGUAACACAGGCGGUGACAGACACAUCUGAACUGUUCUUCCAUUCCUCUGUGCCUGUGAAUGAGAGGAGCCACUCAUUCCAUCAAUUUGAAUUCCAAAUUUACCCAUAGCCCCCCCCCCCUCUCCUGUAGACCGGAAAUUAUUUCAUGACUGUAAGCAAUAUGGCUAAAUAAAUUCUACCAAGGCUAGGCACUCUAACCAUAUUUCAACAAUUCCUUUAUCUCUGUUCUGUACAACGGUAGGUUGUAGGCUGAGGGUUGGUUUGGGCUUUCGGUAGUCAUCUGAUCAAAUGUUUGUGGUGAAUAACCGUAAAUCUCCUUUCAGAACACCUUCCGUUGUAGUGUGUCGUUAACAGUCAUAUUUGUGUUGGAUUUUGUCUUGUUGAAAGGGUAGUGUUGCCUUUUUAAAGCUUGCUAUUAACAUAUCAUUGUGGGCUCUGCAACUGUGUGGAAACAUGAUUCUUCUCAUUAAUGUAUGAAAUUGGGAGUUUGUAUUCUGGCUUGGACUGUGGUGUGUAUUGCAAAGCCUUAAUAUAGAAUCUUUUUAAAGGACUAAAUGAAUGAAAGUAUUAUUUCUACUGAAAGUCUGUGUGAGCAAGAUGUAAUAUAUGUUAUGUUGUAUGAAUAUGGUGUUUCCAAAUCAAAACUGAAUGGUUUAAUGUUAAAUAUUUGGGUAUUCUCAACUGAUGUUGCACAAUUAAUGAGAGCUUACUGUAACUGACUUUUUGGGAGGGGAUGGUGUAAUAACUUUUAUGCUAAAUGUUACUACUUCUAUGAAUAACAUGCACUCAUGUUUUCAUUUGGUUGAUGUUACUAUAGUUUCAUAUUUACAGAAACUGUUCAUCCUGCUUGUUUAAUUCCUUUGAGUUUGAUUUGCUUUCAAGGGAAACUGUUUAUUCGCAGAGAUAAUAUAUAACAAUAUACAUACUUUUCUGUAUUUUUCUUUCAAAUUACUUUGAUCAUUAAUGAGUAGUGUGAUAAGCAAAAUCAUUUGAGAAUGUAGCUAGCACAUUGUUACAGCUGUAAAUCUUUCCUUCAGACUCCAUCCAGCUGUUACACAGUGAGUAAUGGAAAAUGCUAACUGAGAUUCUACAACUAUUAAUGUUGUUUGCAGUAUGUCUUCAGUAUCAGUCAUGUUUCCACUUGGUGCUGGAGGAAAGAAAAACAGGAAAACAGAUUAAAACGUUUGUGCGUUCUCUUGGUUUUAGCACCACCUGCCGUGCUAGUGCCAUUUAAACAGGCAUUUGUUUGAAGUGAGGAUAAAGGGUAGUUGAAUUAUCUCUGAAGGCGUCUUCCACUACUCAGACCCAUUCAGAUUCUGAUACACAGACUACACUGAGGGCAGAGCAAGACGGUUUCUGCAUGCUUUAUUAAAACAUGUAUGUUGUGAAUAAAAAAAAAUGUUACAGAGGCCAGCUAA